CCAACCACCACCACCCUCAACUAUGUGCGGUGAAUAGCAACAACAUCCACUCGUUUUUUCUUUUCCAAAUUAUUUCUCCUCUGUUACCAUCAAUCCGCUUUUUAUCACUCCACUCCACUCCACUCUACCCCCAUGGUCUGUCCUACCAUGAUGGUGUCCGCUCUUUCUCCUUAACCGGCCCCUCCCAUUCUUUAUCCAUCAUCCAUCAUCCAUUUACCCACCAUACCAUACCGACUUGAUUAAUAAAACAGACAGACAAACCACAUAAGAAAAGGAAGGCAUCAGAAAAAGAAAACCCAUAAGAACAGGAAAAAAAAAAAAAAGACAUAAGAAAAAGGGAAAGAGAAAAUGCCCCGAAUCUCCCCCCUAACAACCACCUUCCUGCAAUCCACCCUCCUAAACGCCCUCGCCAACAUCCUCGCCCAGAUCAUCGAUCAUCAUUGGAAAGCCAAAGACAAAUUCACUCUCAACAACGCCGCUCUCAUCCAAUUCAUCAUCUAUGGGAUUCUGAUCGUGCCCAUCAACUUCUACUGGCAGCGGUGGCUGGAGAGGCGGUUUCCGGGCUUUCCUUUUCGGAGAUCUUCAUCGUCUUUAUCUUCAUCCGCGGCUUUGGCUCAUGGUCAUGGUCAUGGUCAUGGGCAUGGACUUCAUUCCUACCCGCUUUCUAAACAAUCGUCUACCAACAAGAAUGAUGUGUAUAUCUCCAUCCCUACAGACACUAUCACUACCGCUACCGCUACUACUGGUACUGGUACUACUACCACAGUGAAAGAGAAGCCCUUCCAGCCGCGCAGCCGGAUUACCAUGAUAGGCAGGAUGAAAGGAUCGCCGUGGUAUAACUUCACGAUGAAGUUCCUGCUUGAUCAGAGUGUCGGCAGCGUAAUGAAUAUCGUGCUGUUUGUCGUGUUGAUUAAUUUGUUGAAGGGGGAGGGGGUCGCCAGGGUGGGGGAGUUGGUUUUGGAGGACUUCAACCCCAUCAUGCUCGCCCGGCUGAAAUACCGCCCUGUCGUCUCGAUGCUCAUGUACACCGUCGUGCCUGUGGAUCGCCGCGUGGUGUUUGGGAGUGCGUGUGGCGUUGUCUGGGGGGUGUAUUUGAGUUUGUAUGCGGUUGUUUAGUAGUCUCUCUUUUCUUUUCUUUUCUCUUCUUUUCUUUGUGGCUGUUUUCUUUGCGUCUGUUUUCGUUGCUUCCCUUUUCUUUUUAUUUCGUUGCUUCUGUUGGGUUGGGUUGUUGCAUCGGUUGGUUGUGGUUUUGGUUGUGGUUGUUGUUGCUGUUAUAUAGCGUGGGUUUAGCAAGAUACCCAUUCUACAUACCCAUCUAUCUAUCUAUCUACCUACCUAUCCACCUACCUAUCCACUUACCCAUCUACUUACCUACUACAUCCCACACCAUGUCCUCACUAUCAUCCAUCCUAGGUAUAUCAAUC